AUGACAACAUUGCAUGAGUACCAUCCCGUUGCAGAAGCAUCCCUUUGCUCAGAGGACUUCCUCCUAGGCGCAGAUACGUCCCCAGGGAGAAUUCAGUAUGUCGGCAGUGGCCGGGGGGCUUUCGCAAAAGUGGAUGAUGUGAAGUACGUGGGCGAGGGCAGAGGUGACUUCGACGUCGUUAAAGAACCUAGUGGAAGGUGCUUGACACUCUUGUGCUGGUUUUGCUGCGGGGGCAGCCUGAUUGCGGUCUUCAUUGCCGCAGUUAUCACGUCAAGAAACCUGCAGCACUUACGAGAUGAACCAGUGACCCGCUACAGCUGCUACACUAGCGAUGGCAGCAUUCCACCUCCGGAUGCCCAAAUGCUUCAGUCUUGGUCCGUGCCACAUCGGAUCUGGUGCUGCGACAACGUGGGAGUGGGCUGCCAGCCUUCCACCAGCCUGACAACAACCCCAGUCCCAACUACAUGGAUUAUGGUGCCCGUGCCGGACUUCCAUGCUGGAUUCAUGGCACCGACGGCACCUGGUGGCCCCCCUGCUACACCCUUUGCGAUGACAUUCCACUGUCACGUGGGCGUUCCCAGUCUUUGGUCGAAGACGCAGCAGGAUUUCUGCUGCGAGCGAGUGAAGAUUGGCUGCCAAGAGACUGCAACCAUUCCACCCGAACCCGAUUGCGUCGUCUCCGCUGCGAACGACCCCUCGGCUUGGCCUGCAAGCAAGCGAUUAUGGUGCUGCCAAAACCACGAGACCGGGUGCGUGCAGGACGGUAGCUUCACUUGCAACGAGGGCGAUGAAAGCACGUGGGCAGAGGAGCAAAAAGCCUACUGUUGUACAACUGCUGGCUUGGGCUGCACCACUGCACUCCCCAUGGACGGUGAGAUGUACGACUGUACUGAAGGCUAUGCGAAUUGGCCGGAGUGGCCAGCUGAUAAGCAAUCCUGGUGUUGCACGCAUCAUUCACGUGCUUGCGCCGCAAGCGAUGCAACGCAGUAUGACUGCAGCACAUUGGAGACUUCCUGGGACACAGUGCAAAAGGAGUGGUGCUGCACUCACCAUGGCAAAGGAUGCACUGAGUAG